AUGUCAUACGAUGUCAACUUCAAGAAAUCAAUAGUCACAAAGCCAAGCCUUAGCCAAGCAUCUGAGAGAUCCUCGACAGCGGCCCAUCUUUAUCGUAUCAUCGACACAUGGGUUCCCAUCAAAGAGCCAAUAGAUUGUAAACGAUUCAUCAUCUACCCUAAAAAGCCAUGGAUUGACCUGAGCUUCGGAAGCCCGCGGGGUGCCGACAUGGGCCCCGCGGGCUGGGACUACCCAAGGCUUAGCGGUUGA